AUGCCUCGCCGCAACUACAAUGACUCCAAUGUGGUUGCCACAUUCACUGAAGAUCACGCCACAACGCAAAAGUCAAAAUACAUGGCACCGCGAUCAAUGCGACUAGCUUCUCACAACAAGACACGGGUCGCGUAUUUCCACGAUGAAGGCGUUGGCAAUUACCAUUAUGGUGAACGGCAUCCUAUGAAACCUCAUCGAUUGACGCUCACCAACCACCUUGUACUCAAGUACGGCUUGCAUCAAAAGAUGGAGAUUUUCCAACCGAGAAAAGCUACAGACAACGAGAUCUUGGAAUUCCAUGCAGCUGAUUACGUUGAUUUUCUCAAGAGAGUGACACCUGACAACGCUGAAGAAUAUGAGAAUGUUUUCCAAAGAUUCAACGUGGGCGAUGAUUGUCCAGUAUUCUCAGGCAUUUACGAAUUCUGCCAACGCUAUGCAGGGGCAACCAUUGAAGCUUCAAGAAAGUUGAUUGCAAACGGUGCCGACAUUUGUAUCAAUUGGUCUGGUGGAUUGCAUCACGCAAAAAAAUGUGAAGCGAGCGGGUUUUGUUAUGUCAACGACAUUGUCCUCGGCAUCCUUGAAUUGCUUCGUUACUUCCCUCGUGUCCUCUACAUUGAUAUUGAUAUUCAUCACGGCGAUGGUGUACAAGAAGCAUUCUAUACAACGGAUCGUGUCAUGACAGUGUCGUUCCACAAGUACAACGGUGAUUUCUUUCCAGGCACUGGACACAUCGAUGAAAUCGGCAGCUCACUCGGCAAAUACUAUUCACUCAACGUGCCAUUGCGAGAUGGAAUUGAUGAUGAUGCAUACGUCUGGUUGUUCAAAGAAGUCAUUGACCAAGUGAUCAACACAUUUCAACCCUCAGCAAUCGUAUUACAGUGUGGUGCCGAUUCACUUGGCUGUGAUCGACUUGGUUGUUUCAACCUUAGUAUUGAAGCACAUGGCAAAUGCGUGCAACAUGUCAAAGAAUUCAAGAUACCCUUACUGGUCGUGGGUGGUGGCGGCUACACGGUCAGGAACGUCGCUCGUUGUUGGACAUAUGAGACAUCUAUUUUGGUCGACACUGAAUUAUCCAAUGAUUUGCCACCCAAUGAAUACAUUGAUUUCUUCAAGCCUGAUUAUCAGCUUCAUCCACAUCUCUCAGGUCGUGUCGAAAACCAAAACGACCGGCAAUAUCUUCUCAAGGUGCGAGAAAGAGCUAUGGAGCAAUUGCGAUACCUUGAUGCAGCCCCCAGUAUACAAAUGCAAGAGAUUCCACCUGAUAUCCAAGGCUUCCUCGAUGGUGAAGAUGAAAUGAUGGAUGAAGAGGAUGAUUCAGAAGCUGGAAAGGAUAGACGUCGAAUGGCAGCUAUGGCAGAAACCGAAUGGUACGAAGGCGAUGAUGAUAAUGAAGGCGAGGCAAUGGAUGCCGUAUGGCAAGAUGCUGGUUUAUCCUAA